AUUGCAUGUAUUACAGGGGACAAAGAUUGAGUAACUGAAAAAGAGAUUAUUUGAAUUCAAUUUGAUCUUUCUCUGAAAGAAAGCGAGAAACACGCAAAGAGGGAGGGGAGCAAUGGGCGAAGCCUUGGUUGAUCUUGAAAAAGUUCUCAUCUCCAAAAAUCAAAAAUUGACACCUAAGGAGUCAAAUGUUCUUCUAUCAUUCAAAUCUAAAGCUGUGAGGGAUUUCACUGCUAGUUCACUUGCUGGGGGUAUUUCUGUAUGGGCAGCCACUUGGAAACUUCGUAAACCAUUUCGAAUCAACCUUUCAGCAGCAGCUGGUGGUUUCUUUGGACUGUGGAUGUUUCAUAGAACCUUGGAUUCUUGUGCAGAGCAGAUUCUUACAAUGGAUGGUAGUAUAUUACAGAAGGAGUUAGCGAAUAUAUUGGUGACGAAGUACCAGAAUGAUCCUUAUCUAAUGCGGCUUAUGUCUAAGCAUUUCUAUUCAGAGAGGAUUUUUGAUGAUUCAACCUCAAAUAAUCCAAAAUUGAGAUGGCGAUAUCGUAAUUUCUUUAGCGAUAAUGCAGUCCAUGGUCAUAGGACACAUGAUAAUGAAUCUUAUGAUAAUAAAUCCCAAGGUGACUCUCAUAAUGAUUCCACUUAUAAUUCCCAGGGCGGGUCUGAAAAUGUCACUGACAGCAAAAAAACAAAUCUUGAGACCAACCAUACUUUUAUAAAAGCAGGUCCUGAUGUUGUGACGGAUCUAGACCCUCUUGAUUGUCUUUUUGGUUAUCCAGCCCCGGUGGAGGGAAUUCAACAUUCUGAUUCUCCAGAUAAACCAUCAGGAAAACAUAAUCGGAGCCAUAGAAGAAUUCACCGCAAGCGUAGGAUGCGUAAUCACGAGGACCUGUCAAACUCUGAGCAUGCAGCAGCUCUUUGACUGUCAUCUUACAUCUGCAGGAGUUGAUAUCUUAGGACUACGCAUAUUGUGUGCUUCUAUUUUUAGCAACAUUCAGAUCUGUUCCCUUUCUUAAAACAAUAUUGCAGGAAGGAAGAGUUUUCCUGGUAUGUUAGAUAUCCUUUACUAUACAGUAUUAUUAUUGCAUUGAAAGCUAUAGCACAGAUUGUUGUGAAUCUGACUUUCUUUUGGUUCGUUAUACUUUUCCUUGUGCGUUGUUGCUACAAAGCUAGGAACCUCUGACUUGUGUAUACUGUAUAGGCCUCAGAGUUCAUGGUGUAGACGGCAUGUUAGUUGUGCACAGUUCUGAUAAUGAUGGUAACAAGGAUAAGGAGGAUAAUAUUGAUAGCAAGCCUCAUCAAAUGACAAUAUGAGUGGUACAAAUGAUUGUAGAUGAAUUAUCAUUGCUAUCAAACUUUAGUCUUGCCAUU